UAAAAACAAACAAUGCAAGUGUAUCUUGUGCUAACUUCUCCGGCUAUAUUUUAGUGGAAAUGCUACAGUGUUUUCCAAAGAAAAGAUUGUUCCAUGCCGUUAGGAAUCUUAAUUAUGUCUCACGCAAUCAGGUACCGAACAACACGACUAAUUUCUACAGCACCAGACGAGAAUUGGAUGCUGCAUAUAAACCAUCGGUUGUUGAGGCCAAUAACACUGGGGUUGGAUCGGUAGCACCCAACGACACGAGUAAGCCUAAAUUCAGUUUGUUACUGCCUCCACCAAACGUAACCGGCGAAUUACAUCUGGGCCAUGCACUAACCGGCUCCAUACAGGAUGUCAUUGUGCGACGAAAGCAAAAGCAGGGUCUCGAUAUGCUCUGGAUUCCGGGUAUGGAUCACGCCGGAAUUGCAACACAAGUUGUGGUAGAAAAAAAACUGUUGAAAGAGAGAAAGCUCAGCAGACAUGAUAUUGGAAGGGAUCGGUUUCUUGAUGAAAUUUGGGCAUGGAAGGAAAGCAAGAGCAAAAGUAUUAAAGGUGAUUUGUGCAGACUCGGAAGUCGUAUGGAUUGGAGCAGGGAAUACUUCACCAUGGAUGAACAACAAUCAAAAGCUGUAAAAGAAGCUUUUGUUCGGUUAUUUGAAGCUGACCUCAUCUACCGGGAUCAGUCUUUAGUGAAUUGGUCAUGCACUUUGGAAUCGGCCAUUUCCGAUAUAGAGGUGGACAGUAUAGAAAUCAAUGGACCGACUGCGAUAGAAGUUCCAGGAUAUCGUAAAAAGGUUGUUUUUGGUGAGAUGGUUGAUAUUGCGUACAAAGUGCAGGGUUUGGAAGAGGAAAUUGUCAUAUCGACGACAAGACCGGAAACACUGUUAGGUGACGUGGCUGUGGCGGUUAACCCAGCUGAUGGUCGCUAUAGUCACAUGAGAAAUAGACGAACCAUGCUUUGGCACCCGAUUCGAGGAGAAGAAAUUCCUCUGAUAUUUGACGAAAGUGUUGAUCCUGAGUUUGGGACCGGCGCAGUUAAAAUUACUCCAGCGCAUGACCGGUAUGACUACGAUAUUGCUAGAAAACAUCAGUUGCCUUUGAUCGAAGUUAUCAAUAGUAAAGGAAUGAUACGGGAGAAUUUAGGGUCGUUUUCAGAGCUUCCGAGGUACGAAGCUCGUUUGAAAAUGAUGGAGGUUUUGGCGAAACAGUCAUUACUGAGAGAAAUUAAGCCCCAUUCAAUGAUCCUGCCAAUUUGUUCCCGCUCCAAAGAUGUAAUUGAAUUUUUGCUAAGACCUCAGUGGUUUAUUCGCUGUCGAGAAAUGGCUUGUAGAGCUAUGGAAUCCGUUGAAUGUGGACAACUGCAGAUUAUCCCGAACAGUUUCGAAAAGGAAUGGUUUCGCUGGUUGGAAAACUGCCACGAUUGGUGUAUAUCUCGACAGCUCUGGUGGGGACAUCAAAUACCUGCCUACGAAGUGAAAUCCGCGGGAAAUGCUUGUUGGGUUGCGGCAAGAUCUCUAGAAGAAGCUCAACACCUGGCUAGAGAAAGAUAUGGUUUUAAAGAUUUCCAAGUGGCUCAAGAUACAGAUGUGUUAGAUACUUGGUUUUCAUCCUCACUUCUACCAUUUUCGUCACUCGGUUGGCCCGAAGAUUCGAAGGAUUUCAAACGGUUCUAUCCGCUGGACAUAAUGGAAACUGGUCACGAUAUUAUGUUCUUCUGGGUGGCCAGAAUGGUAAUGCUUGGGCAGCAACUGACGGGUCAGUUGCCUUUCAAAAAAAUUCUGCUGCACGGAAUAAUCUGCGAUGAGUAUGGAAGAAAGAUGUCGAAAAGUUUGGGAAAUGUUAUAAAACCAGAACAUGUGAUAAAUGGCAUCACAUUGGAGCAGCUUAACAAAGAAAUUGAGGCGUUACACCAGCAAGGAACUCUCUCGGCUUCUGAAAUGAAAAAAUCCCUGUCCGGACAGAAGAAAAUGUUUCCCAACGGAAUACCGGAAUGUGGCACGGAUGCACUAAGAUUUACAUUGUGUUCUAGCAACGUUAAAAAUUAUUUCAUCAACUUCAAUAUCCAAGAAUGCCUCACCAACAAACUAUUUUUCAACAAGAUCUGGCAAGCCACUCGGUACACACUGGGAUGCGUUAAACGCUUCAACCCUACGGAAACCCAAUUCACCAAAGAGUGCCUUUCCGAGAUGGAUCGUUGGAUAUUGAGUCGACUGGGAAACACUAUUACGGUGUUCGACAAAUCACUGGAAACCUACAACUUUCACUUGGCCGCGGCUGCUUGGAAGACGUUUUUCUAUAGUAAUUUCUGCGAUGUUUACUUGGAAACCACUAAGGUACACAUGACACCUGAACAUGCGUCCACUGCCGCCAACCAUUGCCGCGUUCUACAGUAUUGCCUAUCACUCGGACUGUACCAUUUGGAAGUGUUUACACCUUAUCUAGUGGCAGAAUUGCGGCCCCAUCUGCCUCCCGUGGAUCUUCGUUUUAACCCCACGGAUUGGAUUGAUUCAAAGUUGGAAUCCGAAUUCGAUCAACUACUAGAGAUUUGUCAGAACAUUCGCCAAGCAAAGAGUGAAUCUAAUCCACCUAUCGCACGGAAGCACAACCCAGUGGUACAUCUUCUGUCAAAAUCAGAUCAAUUAACCGAACUGCUUCAACGUAACACAGCUAAUAUUCAACAGCUAACGUUAUGCAAUAGAGUAAUACUGCAUAGAACAGAGGAAGAAUUUGGAAAAGUUCCAUUUACGACAAAGUCCACUGCUAGUCAUGUAUGCACGUUCGGAGUGUUCACAAAUUUACAACCAUCGGUUAAACGGGACACCUCAAAUAGUGGUAAAAAGUUGUCCAAGUUGCAAACUGAAAUGGAUAAACUGUUGAAAACAGUCAACAAUGAGGGAUAUAAAAAGUCAGCCAGCGAAGAUGUUCAGAAGAAGCAUCUGGAACGGAUCAAACAAAUCCGGUCACAGAUUGAGGAGAUGCAAAACAUUGUGAUGUAGUUAAGUUUAUUCAUCAGGUAUGUAAACUUGUUAGCUAAA